UGGGGCUGGCAGAAGCCAGCUUCCACUCUAAGAUCAUAUUACUCCUCCCCGUCCCUCCCUCAGGCUCCUCCCUGCUGCCAGCGUGAGGUGAGCGGCUCUGCAUAGUCUGUGUAAGCUGAGCCGUUUCAAACGGAUCGGAUCAGUCAGCCCUGCUACUUGCCCGCGGGGCUAAGCUGCCUGCACAAACUACCUGCCCGCGCCCGGAACUGCAUGUCCCGGGCGUCGGGCGAUAGGAAUUCCACACCCCUGACCAUGAUCAGCCUGGGAAACGCGGUCCGUGUGUCGCCACAUCUCCCAGGACGACCGCACUCUCCUGAUGAACUGACGAUAUGACAGUAAUGUAUGAUACCGCCAGUCUCUUAUCUGGUCGGGGAAGCUGAGGUUGGCCUGGAAAUUGUGGCUGAUGCAUGGACUUGAGACAUGGAUUCCUGGGCUGAUCACAGUAGUUUGCAUGAUCCCCAUCACUCGUACUGAGCUGCCGUAACGGUGACAUCCACAGUGUGCCCCAUGUGCCAUAAACAGUGCUCCCAUUGCCAUCCACGGUACCCCCCCAAUGUGCCAGGCAGUGCCCCCAGUGAGAUCCACAACAUAGCCAUCAGCCUAUGUGGAUGAUCGAUAUGGUGUCACUCCUGCACAGCACUUACAUCGCGCUGUGCAGGAGUCAGUACAGGCUUCACAUAGAAGCCUGUACACUGCAGAGAGCGGCCAGCAAUCCUGUGUAUGCGCACUAGCAUUCAGCAUAGUGUGCGUGCGUUGUGAUGACGGCCGGCGCUUUCUUGAGCAGAAGGGCGGUGACGUCAUUCAUGACAAUCCAUCUCCUGCUCAAAGCAAGAGAAGAAGACUGAGACUCGCCGGAAGACCAGAAAGCCCGACAGGAGCAGUCACAUGACCGGGUGGUGGAUCUUGGAACGGGCUGCGCUGUGGAAGGAAGGUACCAGACCAACAUUCUUCCCUCCACAGGUCAGUAUUAUGCCCCAAUUUACGUUUAGCCAAGAGAACCCUUUUAAGAUAAAGGGCUAUCAGAUAGCCAUUGACACCGUGGUGGCCGCUAGGAAGGUGGCGUCGUAGACUUUAUCGUAAGAUCUGGAAGGAAUCUCUCCCCUGGUAGAGGAUGCAUUACAUAUCCUUACCGUUUUGGACAUUUUACAAGAUGGGUUCGCUAAAGGUCUUGCACUUAUAAACCUGCACAGAGGGUUUAAGUAUGCGCGUUUGUUUUUUUUAUCAUAGUUUUUGAAAGGAACAGAGACUGAGACCCAGAGUUAGAACAUCUGUUCAACGUGGAAUCUCAAUUUAGUUUCAUCAGGAUUGAUCAAAUCAGGGUACAAUUUCUAACCCUUAAACAGUUUUUUUGGGUUGCGAUCACUUCAGCAAGAUGGGGGUUAAUGAAAUUCAAGCAUUUUUUAGUUAGACUUUUUUUUGACUAUUAGGGAUGAUAGAAUUAUUUUCAUAACUGCCGGUUCUUUUCCUGCUGAAGUAGUGACAGACGCGGUGCUCAGGAGCUGCGGACCUCCGGGCUUGGCAGUUGCUCAGUCCUGGAGGAGGUCUAAUAGUCUCUACAGCGAAUGGAUAUGUUUGAGACUGUCAGGUCCAGAGGACACUGAGAAGAUGGAGGGGGCCCUUUUUAAAACGGUGACUUUAUUGGUCCCGGGGACCCCCUGUGACAGAGGAUCGGUGAUCAGCGACUACGUACUUCUACAGCUUCUGGUUUGAACAUGGCGAAGAGAGUAAGCAUCAUGGAUAGCCACGGGGUGAAUGUGACUGUGAAUAAGAAGCCCUCACCUUUCCAGGUGCGAGUAGCGGUGCGCCUCCAGCCGUACAUGGAGAAGGGGGAAGAUGAGGUCUGUGUCCGGGGCCUGGACUCGCAGUCACUGGAGAUUGUAAACUGCAGAAACCAGCUGGAAACCAUGCAGUACCAGGUUGAUGCCUUUUAUGGGGACAAUGCCACCCAGUGUGAGAUCUACAACGGCUCUGUGUAUCCACUUCUUCCUCACUUAUUAGUUGGGCAGAAUGCCAGUGUGUUUGCCUAUGGACCAACAGGAGCGGGUAAGACCCACACAAUGCUGGGGAGCCCAAGCGAACCGGGUGUCAUACCACGAGCUGUGAGAGGCCUGCUGCAGAUGACUCGGGAGGCAAAUUAUAAGCUUGAGGAGGAGAACUGGAGCUACUCAAUGACCAUGUCCUAUGUGGAGAUCCAUCAGGAGAAGGUGAUGGAUCUUCUGGAGCCCACGAACAAGGCCCUUACAAUCCGAGAAGACAAAGACCACAAUAUCCUCAUCCCGGGGGUAACUCAGAAGACCAUCAACACCUUCUCAGACUUCGAUGAACAUUUCAUUACUGCAACCCAGAACCGCACAGUGGCCUGCACCAAACUGAACAACCGCUCCAGCCGUAGCCACGCUGUGCUGCUCAUCAAGUCGCUGGGGUGUGAAGGAUACGUCACGGAAAGAGAUCCAUCUUCGUUGGAGGUACAUAGAAGUCCGGCUGGUCGGGAAGAAGCGUUCCGGAAGAAAAGGACUUCUUUCAAGCAGCUGCAAGGGACGGGAAAGUACAGCACCAACAAGAAGAUGGAGACUCAGAAAAAUAACACAAGAGGGAGACACUCCAUGGGACCUCACUACCAGGGAAGAGCUAGGCAUCCUCUGAAUGGGAUACGUAUCCAGCUUGUGACACUGGUGUUGGAGGACCUGGCCUCUAUAGAAGGGAUAUCUGCCAAAUUAGUCGACAUAUUUUUACAGGCCAACAUCCUGAGAAUAGUAAAAAGAUGAAGACGCCUCAGGACCCUUCACUUCUCACUGAGAAGCCUUCACCUCAUGGAUUCUAUGAAACCUCUUAUUCGACUGCCUCGUGUACAUUCCUAUAGUCUCCACCAACCCCCUGGUACAUGAGGCUAGUGGGGGGCCUCCUUGUGUUCCACCUCUCAUUGUGACUCUUUACCCUCCUCAGUGUGAGGUCGGCGAUGGCAGGAGCGUUGUCUUAUUUUUGGAUUAUUUUUAUUAUCAUUUUUUUAUGUAUUUGGUUGAAUCUGUGCAGUGAGCCGCCUACCCCCCACCCCCACACAGGCAUCAUACAGAUGUGUCUAUAGGAUCUCCAUAUACUUACACCAUGUAACCACUGUUGUAUAUAAGAUGAAUCAGUUUAGGGAGACUGAACAGACCGCCCUGCCCUGGGUAGAAAACGUAGCCCCGGCAGCCUGGGGAGUAAUGCAGGUUGAAGUAUAAUGUAAGUUAUUUGCUCAUCUGUAUGGAUCCUGUGUGUCCAGAUACUGGGUCCAUAUGAGCUGCGGCCAGUGAAGUCUAUGUUUUACUUGUUUUACUCUAGCCAUAUGUCCUGACAAUGAAACGUGUAUGUUUUUGUGAAGCCUGAACUUUGUGUUAAUAAAACCUAUAAUUUUUUUAAAUUUAAA